UCCAAAAACUCCUUCAAAACUCAGUUACCGCCAUCUCUCUUCUUCUUCUGGUCCCAACCCUCAUUUUGUUUAAUGGCCUUGAGCUUGAGCUCUCCAUGGCUUUUGCGCUUCUCUUUCUCUUACCCUGCUUUGUGUCUUCCCAAUAACCAGUUCGGAAAUAACCAUACUCUGCUCUUCAAAAGCUUCACUCUCAAUCUUUCUAAGUCUUUCAGAACGAAAGCCUCUCUGGGUGAGAGCGAACGCUCUAAUGGGUUGGCUGAGAACCCGGUUUCGGAGCUUUUAGACGUUGAGUUGUUGAGUCAAGUUUCGGCUGCUAAGGAUGCUUAUGAGGUAUUGCAGAUGAUCGAGGAAAGGUCUGAGAGAAAUGGAGGUGUUGUGUCUGUUUCAGAUUGCUUGAUGAUCAUUUCGGCUGCUAUUGAACGGAACAAUCCUGACUUGGCUUUGUCUGUUUUCUAUGCAAUGCGUUCGAGUUUCGAUCAAGGGGUUGCAGAAACUGGCUCUUUUGUUGAGAAAUGGAAGUGGUCAAGGCCAGAUGUUCGCGUUUACACGUCACUAGUUCAGGGUCUUGCAGCAUCGCUAAGGGUUUCUGAUGCUCUUAGAAUAAUCAACAACAUUUGCCAAGUUGGAGUGUCUCCAGCUGAGGAGGUCCCCUUUGGGAAGGUUGUGAGAUGUCCAAGUUGUAUGAUAGCUGUAGCGGUUGCACAACCUCAACAGGGUAUUCAGAUAGCAUCUUGUUCAAAGUGCCGCUAUCAGUACGAACUUGUUUCUGGAAACAUAAUUAGCAUUGAGUCGGAAGAAAUCAGCAUGGAUGUUCCAGCAUGGCAAAGGGGGCUCAGAUUCCUGCAAAUUAAUAAGCAAAGCAUUCCUGCUGCUGUUCAUUCUAUUGUGGUUCAGACCCCUUCUGGUAUGGCACGGACACACCGGUUUGCUACUGAAACUGUUGAUGUCCCAGCACAACAAGGAGAAAGAGUAACCAUUGCUUUAGCAGCUCCAUCCAGUGUUUAUAGACAAAUAGGUCCUUUAAAAUUUAGUCCAAAGUCCCCAAAUUUUUAUCCAGGAGAACCUAUCUGUUUGACAAACCAUGAAGAUGACAGAGAAUCACAACUAUUAAGGGCCCCAGUUAAAGAUAAAGGCUCAUCUUUAACUAACCCCUCCAUUCUCUUUCCAGUCAUUGCAUUGCUAGCAAGUGGAGAUGCCGCCUCUGGCGUUAUAGACCCCAGCCUCCCCCAAUUCAUUUCAGUUGCAGCAGUAGCAUCUCUUGCUGUUGGAGCUACUCUGAACACAUUGGUUUUUCCCCAAUUGAGUAAGCUUCCUCAAAAAUCAGCGGAUGCAAUAGCUAUCAAGCAGCAACUUUUAUCUCAAUACGACGUUCUUCAGUCUCGCAUUAGAGGCCUGAAAGAAGCUGCUGAAAAAGAGGUUUGGAUGUUGGCUCGGAUGUGCCAACUUGAGAACAAAAUCUUUGCUGUAGGAGAGCCUACUUACCGUGCUCGAAGAACUAAAGUCAAAAGAGUUAGAGAAGGACUGGAAAAUUCUCUCAAGGGACGGAUUGAACUGAUUGACAGCUAUGCAAGAAUAUCUUCGAUGAUUGAAAUUGAGGUAGAAUUGGACUCAGACGUUCUUGCUGCAGAAGCAGCAAGCAAUGUGGAGAGUAUUGCUGAACAAAUACAGCAGAUAAUGGAGUUAGAAAAUCUUGAAGAGAGAUGGAAGUUACAAGCUGAAGCAAAUGAUGAGGCAGAAAGACUUCUUAGCUCCCAACCAAUGCCAACAGAACAGGUGUAAAAUCAAAUGUCUUCCAGCCUCAAAGAUCUUUUGCACCAUCUAAGCAAUGCUAAAUGUUUGUGAGAUGUUCAAGAAACCCCACCAAUACCUCCGGAAGAAAUUGAUUUCUAGGCAUGGUAUUCAGAGAUCGACGACAUAGAGACUAGGUGGUUGUUCAUCACUGAGUCGAAAAAAAAAGUGUCGACGGUUCAUAGUGACUGAGAAUUAGGAUUACAGAAGGAAUCUUAUGUAAAUUGGGCAACAGAAUUCAAAUCAGUUGAUCACAUCUUCCUUAAAAACUGUUGUUUUUAACAAAGAAAUCAAAUUGUACAAUAAUAACUCUGCCUAUUCUUUCAUUUAUGAAUGAUGCAAUUCAUGUGAA